GUCCUCGCGGUUGCCCUUAGAGACGCAGUAGGCCAGCCAGGGUGCUGGGAAGUGGAGCGCCACAGAUGGCUGCCCAGCAGGGGAUGGCCGAUUCGGCCCUGCGGGUCCUGGAAGAAGCUUUGGGCAUGGGCUUGACGACUUCCGGGGACACUGCGGACGCGGUGGCCGCUGAGGGCGCCUUCUACCUGGAGCAGGUCACUAUAACUGAAGCAUCUGAAGAUGAUUAUGAAUAUGAAGAGAUACCAGACGACAAUUUUAGCAUUCCAGAAGGUGAAGAAGAUUUGGCAAAAGCAAUUCAGAUGGUCCAAGAACAAGCUACAGAUACUCAAAUUUUGGAGCAGAAAACAGUCCUAUCUUCAAAGCCUGCAGCACCUGAAGCAAUAGAAGACUUUCUCUGCAAUUUCCUGAUCAAAAUGGGAAUGACCAGAACUCUUGACUGUUUUCAAUCUGAAUGGUAUGAGUUAAUGCAGAAGGGAAUAACUGAACUUAGAGAUGCUGGGAAUGUUCCAGAUGUCUACACUCAGAAUAUGCUUUUAGAAAAUGAGAACAAAAUUUUGAAGAAGGACUUGAAGCACUAUAAACAGGCAGCUGACAAGGCUAGAGAAGAUCUACUGAAAACUCAGAAAGAACGUGAUUUUCAUCGAAUGCACCACAAGCGAGUAGUCCAGGAGAAAAACAAAUUAAUUAAUGACCUCAAAGGGUUGAAGUUACAUUAUGCAUCUUAUGAACCAACUAUAAGGGUGCUGCAUGAGAAGCAUCACGCUUUAUUGAAGCAGAAAAUGCUGACCUCCUUAGAAAGAGACAGAGCAAUCAGACAGAUUUCUGGACUUCAAGAAACAUUGAAGCAUAUGGAAAUAGGACAUGGUGUCUAUGCUCCUGAAUUAAGAGUUGUUCCUAAUUGUGAAAAGGAAAAUGCACCAGAAGGUCCUACUCAGAAAGGUCUCCGUGAAGCCAGAGAACAAAGCAAAUGUAAAAUAAAGAUGAAAGCUAAUACAAAGGCCUCCUUCAACAGAAGCCAAGAGGGUGCCUGUGAGCUCAGUGCAAGAUCAGCCCUCUGUCCAACUCCACACCUCCAUCAUCAGGAGUGGAGAGGGAACUCUAAAACUCGGAAUAAGAUCACACCUCCGCAGGACAUCACUGGCAGGAGACAACAGAGUGCCCAAGUGCUCAGAAUAAGACCACCCAUCUACCAGUCUUCGUGCCUCUGUCAGCGGGAGCCAAAGGGGAGAAUCUGAGCAACACUUGUUUCUGGCCUCUUCCCCAGUCUUUUUCUUCAGCACCUGUUUUAUUUUGUUCUUUUUAGUCUUCAUAAAGAGCCUAGAACGCCUAGUUCAUCAUUUAUUCCAGAACUCUAAUCCUCCUUGAGGCUCCUCAUGUCACUUUUUCUGACCCAAUCUCUUCUUCUCCUUUCCUGACUCCCGAAUCUUUUUCUCUGGAACUCAGGAUCAUUGAUGAGCACAGUCCUCUGUAUUAUCAACUUCUACUGUGAAUGUUCCGUUCACUUUCUGUGCUAAUUAAAAUUUAGCUUUUCCCUGCUUAUAGUUCUUCCUGAUGUGAGGAAGAUUCUGGUAAAUGUUUAAUAAUCAGCUCUUUUUGGGGAAAAAGCCUUGAUUUGUAGUAUUUCUCAGUUUCUGUGCUAUGAAUACUUAUGCCAUAGCCAUUCAAACUACCGUCUUACUUCACCAAAGGUGAAAUUGAGAAGAGAUGUCUGUGGUCAGCUCCUCUGAGACAGCUCUGGCAUACCAUGACCUAAAGCCGUCAGGGGUACUCCACUCUGCUUCCACUCAACCGUAGUACUGGACUUAGAGGUCCCGUACUUGUCCCCUUUGCUCUCCGUGCUACUUUCACUCUCUUCUCCUACCUCAUUCAUGAGUCCACCUUGCCUUAAAUCUCACAUCAUCAGAUUAUCUCACUCAAUAGUAACUAUGUAUUACAGGCACUUCUCAGAUUAUUUAUUUAUUUAUUUUUUUGGUUAAAAAAAUCACCAUGACAUCAUCACUUUUGUAAAAAUCAUUCCUGCCGUAAUUCUUAUUUAUAAAUUGACGUGGAUGAUCCUUCUAACACUUUGAACUUUUAUUCCUCAGCAUCCUCUCAUUUAAGAGAUCCUGUUCUCCAUCCAUUCUCAGCCACUUGCUUCACUUUUGGCCUUGUUAUUACCAGUAACUCAUAAUUUUUCAUAUCCUCUGCUAUUUGCUCCUCAUAUCCCCAACCUCUUUGUUGAGGUGUUCUGGAGCGAAGUUCUGGGACAUCUUCUCUUUGGUGCUGUUACUCCCUAGAUCAUCUCACCCAGACUCAUGGCUUUAAAUUAAAUUACCUGUAUAUUAGUGACUCAUUAAUUUGUGCCUUCAGCUGAGAUCUCUUUUCUGUACUCUAGUUUAUAUAUCCAACUGCUUAUUUGUACCUUGCCAUUAGACAUCGGUUCCCCAUUAAAGCUCUAUCUCCUUCAAUAUCCUUAUCUUAAUUAACAGAAACUCUGCCCUUCCAGUUCCCUAACCAAAAAUCUCUGGAGUUAUCUUUAAGUCAUUUAUCUUUUACACAUUUUGCAUCAGAUAUGAAAAGAAAUUAUUUUGGUUCCAUCUUUAAAAAAUAUCCACUCUUCCAUCUUUUUUUUUUUUUUCUCUUAUCAUCUAGCCUGAAUUAUUGCAAUAGCCUCCUAACUGAUCUUUCCAUUUUUUUUUUCUUUAUUUUCCUCCAGGCUUCUUUGAACACAGCAGCACUCUAGCUACUCUGAUCCUCUUAAAACAUAAAUCUACCAUAACGUUUCUCUGUUGAAAACUUUCUGGUGGCUUCCUGUCCUUUCCAGAGCUAUAGGAGAACUUAUAGAGUCUGUGGCCAUAUGUAGUGUAGCCCUUUUUUUUGUAUCUCUCUGACCUCAUUUCCAGCUACUCUCCCAUCUUUCACUCAGUUGCAGCCACACCAGCCUUUUCCUUGUUUGUAAAACACUCCAGGCAUGCCCUGCUUUCAGGCUUUUGCACUUGAGGUUUUCUCUGCCUGAGUUGUCUUCCUUCAGAUAUCUGAAUGGCUCAUCCUCUCAAACUCCUUUAAAACUUUAAUUAAAUUUCUCCUAUUACAGAGACCUUCCGUAGCCACCCAAUCUAAAAUUUAAUGCUUCCCCUCAUUCCCUUUUCUUUCCUAGAUCUCUUUCCUCCUUUGAUUUUUUUUUUCCACUUAAGAUCUCUUACAUAUCUUUCUCCUACAUCCUAUGUUUUACUUAUUAACUUGUCUGUUGUAUCUCUUCUGCACUAGAAUGUAAGCUCCAUGGGAGCAGGAAUAUUUAUCUGCUUUAUUCAUUGCUAUAUCCUCAGUCUGGCCAAUUGUAAGUAUUCCAUAAAUAUUCAUGUUUGAAUGAAUGAAUAACUGAAAACUGCGCAUUCUAUUGGUUGCUGUCAUAUAGAAAUAAAAUCGAUUACUCUGAGUUGCUCUUAAAUACAGGGACCUUUGCUAAACUCUCUAUUGUAAAUUUAGCAAGGUCCCUAUAUUUAAAUUUCAUUCUCUCUCUUUGGGCUGAUCUUACUAAAGCUGGCAUCGUAUGAAUAAUGAUAUUAUCUAUGAACAAUAUAGCUGUGAUUUUUUUCUUCUCUAAUCCCGGAAAAUUUUAUUUCUAUUUCUUAUCUUCGUGCAUUGUCUAGGACCUCUAUAUAAAUUGAAAGGGUUGGAAUAGGCACUCUUAUCCUGUUUUUUUAUUUUGGAGGGAAUGCUUCUGAUGGUUCAACACGAGAAAUAAUGUUUGUUUUAAAUCUUUGGUAGGUAUUCCUUAUUGGGUUAAAAGUAUUUCCUUUAUGUGCACAUAUGCUAAGUUUGUGUUUUAUCCUGAAUUAGUAUUAAUUGUUUUAUCAUAAAUGAAUGGCAAGUUUUAAAAUCAUAUUUAAGUGUUAAUCUUUUAUUUUUAUGAUAAAUGAAUAUUGAAUUUUCUGCUUUUGAGAUUAUUUUCUUCAUUAACAUUUUAAUGUGGAAAAUGACAUUAUGGAUUUUGUAAUGUAACAUUUUCUUUCAUUCUUGGAAUAAAACUAACAUACAUCAUGUAUUAUGAUUUGUAUAUCACUGGAUCUAGUGCACUGUUUUUUUCUAGGAUGCUUAUUUCAAUUUCAUGAAUAAAACUGGCCUUUAAUUUUCCUUUUUAGGCAUUGCCUUUUUAUAAUUUUGAUAUCAUUAAUGAGUUGUGGAAUAUUCCCUCUUUUUCUCUUCUUUGAAAGAGUUUUUAUAAUAUGGAAGACCUGUGCUUUAAAUGUCUGAGUAGAAAUCUUAGGUUAAACUAAUAGGAGCUGCUAUAUAUUUCUGGGAAUAUUUUAUAUUAUGAAUUCAGAUUUUUUAAUGUAAUAGAACUGUAGAGGUUAUUUCUUCUUGAAUCAAUUUUGGUAAGUUUCAAAGUAAUAUAUUUACAUGAAGAUGACCAUUUUGUCCAAGUUCUAAAUUUACCAACAUUAAAAUAUUUGUAGCAUUUUUAUCAAUGAAUAAAUCUCUCUAAUCUCUAAUGAAUCUAUAGUGAUAUUGUCUUUUUAUAUUUGACAUCUCUUUAUCUUCUUCCCUCUUUAGAGUUCUCUCUUCCAAAUUCUCCCCACCUUUCAUCUGUCUUCUUGAAUUUUAUUGGUAUUUUCAACGAUCUAACUUUUGAGUUUUAAAUUCUCUAUUAUAUGUCUUUUCUUUUCAUUACUUUGUGCUUUCAUUGCUAUAAUUUCCUUCUGUCUACACUCUUUGGUAUUGUUCUUUGUUUCUUUUUCCACUUCUUAAGUAGGAGUCAUAGUUUAUUAAUUUUUGACCUUUUCACCAUUCUAAAUCUUUAACACCAUAGAUUUUCCCCUAGAUUCUAUUUUAAGUUCAUCCUGCAGGUUUGUAUAUAGCAGCUUAAUUUUUAUUCAGUCUUAAGUGUUUUAAGAUUUUCAUUAUGUUUUCUUUUUUUUGAUGGUUUAUUUAGAGGAUAUUUUCAAAUUUACCUGUGCAUGUAUUUGAAGUUAUCUUUUUUGGCUGUUAUAUGUUUCUAGUUGAAAUAAAUUAUGGUCAGAAUGCAUAAUUUGUACAAAAGAAAUUACUGAAAAAUGUUGGGAGUUUCUGUGGCAGAAAUCGCUAGUUUUCCAGCAAAAUAUCUUUUCUUUAUUUUAUAGUUUUCAUCAUGUGGCUAGUCAUGUAGUUAGACCUUUUAUUUCUCAACCUCCUUUAUACCUAUGUGUGACCAAACACUAAAUUUUGCCAGUGGAAUGUGCACUUGGUGUGUGACUAUUAAGUUAUUUUUCAGAAAUGUUUGUACCUUCCCCUCAUUUUCAAGGAAGGUACUACUUUGAUCAUUAAUACAGAGCUUAAUUAUGUACUUGUUUUGGCCAAUCAUAACCUGAUUCUCUAACAUAACAGGAUUGUAUGUGCUGCACAUUUUGGUUUGCUCUCCUGUACCUCUGCCAUGGACAUUGGAAAAACAGGUCUCAACUAGUCUGUGGUUCAGUGAAAGACAUAAGGAUCAGUGCUGUCAUAACUAGGUUCCAUCCGUAUCAGCUGACCUCCAUCUGACCCACAAGCCAGAUUUAAAUGCUUCUUCUUAUAUACCACUGACAGACUGUGAUUCUUAUUAUAUUACACUGAUACAUGACCCAGUCCCUAAAGGAGCAUCAGGCUUGAACUGUUUUAUACUCAUUUUUCUUCAAUUUGUAUGGAACAAGGGUAUGCCUGUAACCCAUCUUUGACCGUUUAGACAGACAGAUCAAGACAGUGUCCUAAUGGAUGAACAAAAGGGAAAGGAAUCCUGGUCCAUCAUGCUCAGCUGUGGAUCAACUUUUUUUUUUUUUUUUUUUUGUAUUUUUAGGGUCACACUUGCAGCAUAUGGAGGUUCCCAGGCUAGAGGUCCCAAUUGGAGUGUAGCCACCGGCCUGUGCCACAGCCACAGCAAUGUGGGAUCUGAGCUGCAUCUGUGACCUACACCACAGGUCACGGCAACUCUGGAUCCUUAACCCACUGAGCAAGGCCUCCAACCCAUGUCCUCAUGGAUACUAGUCAGGUUGGUUAACCUCUGAACCAAGAUGGGUACUCCCAACUUUGAUCACUUACUUUGGGAGAAUUACUUUUGCGAGGAUUAUCUUCUAUUUGUUUCAACCCACUCUUUUUCAAAUAUUUCUGUUUUAUCAGAUUAACUUUUAUCCUCUUAGUAAAAAUGCUUUAUGUUCCAUUUUUAUUAAGUGUGUGUACUUCAGAAGAAUGUGUAUUUUCUAACUUUGGAGUUCAGAAUUUCAUAUAUAUUUCAAUAAGUUUUAUUUUCAUAUAUUCAGAUCUUCUAUAUCUAUAUCUUGGGUAACAUCAAUACUUGAGUAAAUUGAUGGAUUUUUCAGUCUUUUCCUACUCUUUAAUCAAUUUUUGCUUUAUACCUUUUAAGCUAUUUUAAUAGAUGCUAAGUUUAGAAUUAUAUCAACUAGAUGAAUUGAAACAUCAUUUGUAAUAAUCUUUUCUUUCUCUUUUUUCUUUAAAAAAUUUAAAUACAUUUUAAAUCAAAUUUAAUACUAUAUUUUAUGUCUAAUAUUUUUUUACACACAUACAUAUAUGGAUUUAUCUACAUAUUAUUCAUGUAAUUUUUCUGACUUUUUUAAGAUUUCAUCUUUGCCCUCCCUUUUUUUUUGUCCAGGAGUUUCACCAUAAUAGAUAUAUUUUUUAGUUUAUCUCAUGGAUAUGUUAUGAUUCCUAUGUUUGGGUAGCAGGUGUUUUUUUUCGUUUUGUUUUUUCACUUUUCAAAUUUCCCAUUCAUUACUGCAGUGAGUUUUACUUUUCCUUCAUUUUAAAAAAUUUAUUCCUUCCAUGUCUAUAAUUAGGUGUAGGUUAUACUGUAUCAUUCUAUCUUCCAUACUUAAACCCCUUUUAUAUUUUUUAUAUUCUUCUUUCCUUGUGCUGCAUUCUUAGAAUGUCUUCAUUCUUAUCUUCUAAUUCUCUGUAUUUAUCAAUCUUUUUUAAUCCAUCCUUUGUGUUUUUAUAUGUGAACAAAUUUGUCUUUUACUUUUAAAGGCUACAUUUGGUUAAGACCAUAUUUCAUAAUUCUUGAUAAUUUCUUGUUGCUUGCAUUUGCUUGUGUAUACUUUUAAUUUAUUUAAACAAUUUCUAUGAUUUUAUGUCUUUGUUUUAUGACUAGCCUACAGCUUAGUUUCUAGAUUGCAGUUCUAUUUCAGCAUUUGUCAUCAUGGCAAUACAUUUUUUUGUAUGUGCUUACUGUUUAUAACUCAUAUGUUAAUUAGCUAUUUUCCCUUGAAUUUGCCUUCUUCAACUUCUCUUGAGUGUAACAAUGCAAUAAAAUUAUGAUUUACUUGGA